AUGAACAUCAUUCGCUUUCAAGAUGUGCUCUCCAAGGUCCGCGUCCUCGACGUGUCUGUGGUGGCCUUUGCGAUCUACUUGGCCAAACACUUCUUGACGAGGAAACGCCUCCCUGCUUCAUACCCGCCGGGACCUAAAGGACUCCCCGGUAUUGGAAACCUCCUGCAGCUACCGAAGGAGCAAGAAUGGAAGACGUACACAGAAUGGGGAGCAGAACACGGUGAUAUGGCGAUGGUGGAUGUCCUCGGACAGAAAAUGCUCAUCCUGAACUCGUCACGAGUGGCUGCCGAUACGCUGGAUAAGAAGUCCAACAUCUACAGUGACCGACCACGGAUGGUGAUGGCUGGAGAGCUUGUCGGCCAUGACCAGCAUAUCACGCUCCGGUCAGCUGACGAGCGUUUCAGGCAGUUCAGACGGCUGUUCCAUGGUAUAUUGGCGGGAAGGGAUAACCUAGCGGGGUUUGCUCCCAUUGAAGAGCGUGAAACGCACCGUUUCCUCCUGAGGGUGCUGGAUGAUCCCUCCAACCUCCCCAGGCACAUUCGCAAGCUGGCAGGGGCAAUCAUUAUCAAGAUAUGCCAUGGGUACGACGUCGUGGAGGGCGAAGAUCCUAUGAUUUCCCGCAUUGAACGCGUGAUGGACGAGUUCGGCGAGGUCACAACUCCAGGACGUUACCUCGUUGAUGCCAUACCGUUUCUUGCACACCUUCCUGGGUGGCUACCGGGCAUGGGCUUCAAAAAGAGCGCCAGAGAAAUGCGUCGUAGGCUGCUUGAGUCUGUCAACGCCCCUCUCGCGUUCGUGAGGGGACAGAUGGCCGCAGGAAAGGCACCUCGAUCGUACACGUCAAUAUACUUGGAGAGACUAGCAGAGGGCGGUGUUCCGUACACGGAGGAGCUCGUCAAAUGGGGUUCGCUUGAUCUAUACGGCGGAGGAGCGGAUACGUCCGUCGCUGCUGAGUACAAUUUCUACCUCCUCAUGACGUUGUAUCCAGAUAUCCAGAAGAAGGCGCAGGCCGAGAUUGACAGCGUGGUCGGUACUGACCGACUGCCGACGCUCGCUGACCGACCAAAUCUACCGUACACGGAUGCCCUGGUGAAGGAGGUAUUCCGGUGGCAUCCCGUGGCUCCGCAAGGUCUUCCGCACGUUGUGAGGGAGGACGAUAUCCACGACGGAUACUUCAUACCCAAGGGCACAGUAGUCAUUGCGAAUAUUUGGGGCUUCUUGCAUGACCCUAGGACAUACAAAGACCCCAUGACAUUUGAUCCGUUACGGUUCAUCGCUUCACCAGGAAAACCAGCAGAGCCAGAUCCACGUUCUUUCUGCUUCGGGUUCGGGCGACGCGUCUGCCCAGGUCAGGCGUUGGGUGAUUCGUCCGUCUUCCUGGCGUGCGCGAUGUCACUGGCCGCAUUUGAUAUCAGCAAGUCGGUUGACGACACUGGACGCGUCCUGGAGCCUGUCGUGGAGCAUACAAGUGGCAUCAUCAGCCAUCCCAAGCCGUUCCCGUGUACUAUCAAGCCUCGCUCCGCCAAGAUCGAGGUUCUCAUCCGGGCGGUAGAUGAGACCCGGGGUGAUUAGGGUUGCAGUCAACGGCGGCACGAACACGGUAGGAUGUAUUAUAUUAUUAUUUCUUGGAAUCAUCGGGACAGCGUUACAUAGCAAGAGUUGGGACUGUUCGGAGCCACCACGUCAAUUGGAAGGACAUCUUCGCGUGGAGAUGUGGCACGAAUGACACGGGGAUAGUGAAUGGAGACUUGAACACAACGACCUGCAUAUCCAUAUUGCAAUGCGGUGGUGAAGUGUGCAAAUUCACUGCAUCCGCAAGUUCGAUUAGGAUGUCGAGGUUCUGCAGGAUUGAGGAGCUGCCCGAGGCCGAGGGCGGGGAGCUUUCGUGGCUGUCGUGUUCCGAACUUGAUGGCUCCGACCAGAUGGAUAGCCCUCCAGCCUCAGUCCAUCCUGCCACGCCCAUAAUACUGGAGCCUCCGUCGCUGUCGUGGGCCGCACUUUCGCGUUCUGACGGAGUCCCCGACACUUCACCCUCUGCCGCACUGAACUCCUCCACCUCAGGAGACACGCAUUCCGGAGCGACGGCGUUUUGAAUCGCCGGAGUUCCGUGGUCU